AUGUCGGGAUCACUCUGUGUGCCGUGCCGCCACCUCGCCGCUCGUCGGUCUCGCUCGCCGUGCAGCCGCCUCAACACUCGCCGCACGCAGUCGCCGCCCACCGUGUUAAGCAAUGAAAAAUUGACAGAAAUUGAAAACGCUGUUCUUAAGCAGUUUGGUGGGUAUGGAGCUUCCGAUGUAGUAGCAGAUGAUGCUGAGCUCCUGCAGCACCAGAAACUUGAAAAAUUAUUCAUAUCUACUCGUUCUGCCAAGCAUUUCCAAAGGGACAUUGUUCGAGGUGUUGAAGGUUACAUAGUUACGGGGUCCAAACAAGUCGAGAUAGGAACUAAAUUGUCAGAAGAUAGCAGGAAAUAUGGAGUUGAAAAUACAUGUACCAGUGGUAGUACAUUGUCAAAAGCUGCAUCAAAUUUUGCACGAGCUCGUGCUCAAAUGGAGAAAGAACGUGGAAACCUGCUAAAAGCCUUUGGCACACAGGUUGAGGCCGAACGAGCUUACCAUCAGCGUGUCCUUCAAAUACUCGAUCUGCUAGAAGGCGAAAUGAUGUCCGAGCGGCAAAGAAUUGAAGCAGCUCCUGCCCCAAUCGUGGAUACUAUGCCUGCUCCACCCCCACCAUCAUAUGAAGAACUAAACGGCGCGUCUACUUCACCAAUGCAAAACGGGUCCACUGAUUGUAUGGGUUACUUUCUUGGGGAGGUUUUGUACUCGUAUCAAGCUGAAUCUGAUGUGGAGCUUAAUUUAUCAAUUGGUGACUAUGUGGUCGUUCGGAAGGUUUCCAACAAUGGCUGGGCUGAAGGUGAGUGCAAAGGGAAAGCUGGUUGGUUUCCGUUUGGAUACAUCGAGAGGCGUGACCGUGUUCUUGCAAGUAAGGUAGCUGAAGUUUUUUGA